AGACUUUGUGAGGUUAGAAUUCCCUUUGUUUACGUUUUGUAUUAUACGACUUUACCCGCAAAAUUUACAUUUUCCAAAAUCCUUGUAAAAUACUUCUCAUCUUCUUAAUAUUAUUGAUGAAAUGAGACAACAUGUACUCUAAAGAUUACGAUAAUUUCAUGAGUCGCGUCCAGCAUGCCCUAAAACGUUCAGUACGAGCCAGAUGUGCCGAACUCACAGUCCUCUUAGACCGAGCCAGCCUAUUGGAGCUCCACAACUUUUUCCCAAUUUUAAUCGAUAACAUUUUUGGCCCCCAAGGGACAGUAUGCUGGGGCCUCAGAAACAGCACAGAAAUGGCCGGAGAGGAUUUUAGGCAGCUGCAUUAUUUUUUGUCCCCAUGCGGGCCAGUUUUCAGGUUGAUCUAUGCUCUCCUAAAGGAUCCCAACAUUAAGUAUGAGUUUUCUUUGGCUUAUUUACCGAUGAAAGUGAGACAGGCCUUAGAACUACCCUCAGUCAACCCAUUUUACACAGAACUGAUUAAUAUUAGCCCACAAACUAAGAGAAUAACUUCAUUGUUACUAAACCCAUUCGAUUAUUACUUCUUCCAUUUUGCUUACCAUCUAAUAAACCCAUGGCAACAGAGAGCAGGGUCUUCGGUAACUUCUUGGAAUACUGUAUAUUAUACAUUAUGUUGUGACUAUAUUCUGCACUUUUUGCCCACUGAUCCUGCAGCUAAAAUUUUGCCAGAAAUUUACUAUAAUGGGAAGAACCCUCAAAGGCAAAUCUCACCACCAGCAAGCAUCCAAUCCUCCCCAAGAGGAAGACUGGGCCUAUCGAACCCAAUACCUUUUGGUAGAGAUGACACAAAAACUUUAAACAUCCACAAUUACCACCCUCGGAAUGAAAUCUGGAGAAGUGAGACUGUACUGACUGUUUUAACUGAUAUGUGGAUGUGUAAUGACUCAGUCAAUCAAACAUUAUCCACUAGUGAUCUGAAUAACUCAAUUGGGACCAAAUCUAUGAGGAUGCACUAUAAUGAACUGCCCACCGGGGAAUACAUGAGAAUAGUGAGGGUGUUAAUAAAACAACUCCAUGCCUUCUCGGACAGUGCCAAAGCCGAUGAUACUUAUCUAUGUGCAUUAAAAAAAGUCGCUUUGCCAAUGAUCCAGGGAAAGUUUUAUGUUUUUUUGAGGAAUUUGAUCCAUAGGUGGCCUCUGGAUGGGAGUUUUAGGUUGGUGCUGGAGCUGUGGCUGACUUAUAUACAGCCAUGGAGGUAUCCGGCCAAUAAUAUAAUCAAACAAAUAAAUAAACCGUUAAUAAACCCAGACAUAGAGGACCUCAAUGUGGGCAAGGAAAAGCAACAACUGAACCCAACUCCAGACCACAAAAACUUUAUAGCGGAAAAUCUUUUAUGUUAUGUGGUGAUUUUAGAACAAUUACUACCGAGGUUCUGUAGGGUCGAUCUGGUCAGUCCCAAAAUGUCUUUGAUGCUUUAUAGGAUAACUAAGGUAUUUGAUCAACCAAACCUCCCGGAUUAUUUAAAGGAAAUCGAGGCAUGCGUGGAGAACAGGCAACCAUCUCCCAGCCAUAAGAAGUACUUUGAUAUGCCUAGUGAUUUACCGUCAGCAUCUCCGAUAGACAAUUGGUCCACCACGUUGCCCAUGUCACCAAUUCCCGUGAAUAAUAACAGAAACUUUGACUUCCAACAAAACAACGCAUCGAUGCUGAGCAGCACAAUGAUCCACUUGGACAAGAAAUGGGUGAACAUCACUAGACAAAAAAUAUUCGAGCUCGAAGGGCCGAACUUUUGCUACAAACCGCUUUUCACGCAACCGCCCGCGCCGGAAGUCCUCGAGUUAAUCGGUCAAAUAAAGAAAUCGAUAAGACAGGCCCAGGACCUGAUCGGAUGGCAGGAACAAGAGGAGAAGAAAAUGUACUCGGGUCUAUGGGGUUCCGUUAAAUAUUUCUUACAGUCGCACGCAUCCAAUGACGAAUUCACUUUGGACGAGAGGAGAAAAGUACCCGUUUACUUGGAGGUUUCCCUGAAUAAUUUACGGGAUUUAUUUCAGGUGGAUGAGGGGGGUGUUCCGGAAGAGCCUGAAACCUCAACGAUCUCCAACGGGAACGGAUUUGAAAUGUCCAACGAUUUCAAGUUCCUCACGCCUGAGAAGGUGAGGAGUCGACUGAAGACUAUUAAAUACGAUGGAGAUCCCGAUUUGUUGCCCAUAAGGAGUGACGAGUGUACGUUUUUGGUUCGUGCGCUCUAUCAGUUUGCUCAGAAAGUCAACGAGAAUUUUGGUCAGACGUUCUACCAGCUCUACCACAACCCAAACUACCCCGGCAGACUGGCCCGUCAAUUCCUGCUACCGCCAAUGACCGUUCACAAGUACGAUAAAUCCGUAGUGGGGUCGCCGAACAGGGUGAACAUCCACUUACCGCCCCGCGUUACUUUUCGCCAUUUUGCCAGCUACAGAUUUUUAACUUAUUUGCUACUCGGUGUCUUUGUAGCCUGGCUGUUCAACUACAGGUUGGACACUUAUUUGUUCUUCGUCUUGUUUUUGUUUUUCGUUUAUAAGUUAAUUAGGGCGAUCCCUAAGGAUAACCCGAUGGACGGUUCCGGUAUUAGGCACGGAUACCCCACCCAGGGGUUCGGUAAUAUAAGUUUUAACGAUUCGUUUUAAGGUUAAUAAUUUUUUGUAUGGAAAUGAUUUAAGGCCCAAAUAUUGGAUUUAUGUCGCGUCUUUUGGUUGUUUUUUUAAUGAAUAAAGUAUUUUUUAUUACUGGAA